AGGACGCGCGUGGCGCACGACGAUUUAUAGGUUAUGUUCGCCAGAGGGGCGGACUCGCGCUCGCGGACGGAGUUGCUGAGCUAUGUUCGUUCCUGGAUUGCCGCCGGCUCUACGGAGGGCCGUGAAUCUCUCUCGGAGCUUAAGUCGGUGUCGCGUGGCACGUGACACUUGGAAGUCCGGUCAGUGUCGAGCGUUCAGCAGGAGGCUGCCGGGGGAGUUCCUCGGCAGCGACGGCACCAAGAAGCCGCGGCCGAAGACGGAGCCGGUGCCGAAGAUCACGCUCGUGUCGCCGGACAACUCGAUCACCGUGACCGUGCUGGAGGAGGCCCAGCGUCUGGCGAAACGGCGCGAUCUCACCCUCGUCAAGGUGAACGAUCUCGACGGUAAGACGCAGCGGGCGGUCUACAAGCUGGUGAGCAGUACCGGCAUCCUCGAGAAGACCAAGACCGAGAUCGAGGAGGAGACCAAGAGCGCCGACAGGACCGCGCAAAAAUCGGGCAAGGGCGCUAAGCUGUUUUACAUAUCGGCGAAAAUCACCGAACACGACCUACAGACGAAGACGAAGAAUGCGGUGAAGUUAUUGAGUAAGGGGCGCAAAGUUAAAAUCGCCAUCACCCUGGACGGCGCCAGCGGGGAUAAGAUACAAAAAGCCAUAGAGGAUGCUGUAAGAAACGAUGGCAGUGUCCAACAAAUGCCGUCAAAGAAGAACAUUAUUUUACUCUUAAUAAAUCCUUUACCUAAGAACGAGGAUGUUUCUGUAGAUAAUAAAGACGAAACUAACAGCUCCAGUAGUUAAUGAAAGAAAUAACACAUAAGAUUUGUUGAAUGUGAUAAAUAUGGACAGAUGAUAAUU